AUGAGUUUAAUUGAUCAAAUUCUUGGCGUGGGAAAUGAUCUAUCAGGUCCAUAAAUAUUUGUUAUUUGUUAGAAAUGGUAUGAAUAAUUUCAGGAUGAAUUGUGUAAUUGUAAUCCUAACUUCUCUAAAAUUGAUAACUAUUCUCUUUGCAUUUGCUAAGAGGAACAAGUGCAAUUAAAUAGCAUUUUGAAUAAUUUUAAGAGAGAGUUUGACUUUCAGCCAAUAAUUAUACAACAAAACUCAUAGGAGUAAAUUCUAAAAGUUGAUAAGCGCAAUUAAGCUCAUUACAUAAGUAAAGCACUUUGGGAGUUGUUAGAAGAGCAAGUGAAAGGAGGUCCAUGCAUUCCAUUAUAUACAAUGAGUAAAUAGGAAUCAAAUGUGGUAAAAACGUUGUACUUAAACCUGAAAUUUAUGACAAAUUAUGAAAUUGAGGAAAUGAUGCCUAAUUUAGUAGUUCCUGUCGAUAUGACUUAAAUGGAGUUUCUUAUUUAAAAUGAGGAUGAUUCUCUAAUAUACUUUACUAAAGUUGUGCCAUUAGCAUUUACAAUAGAAUAAUUGAUAACAAAAAUUCUGACUCCUCUUUUUGACAUUUCAAAUCUCUUGUGUUACAAUUACUAUUUAAAAAAAUUCUUGAGUUUCAAAAGUUCUACCUUGAUUUAUGAAUUAUAAAUCAAAUCGCUUUGGUUUCUCAAAAAUAGCAUGAAGAAUUUGCUGAAAAUCUAGAAUGGAGGAACAGAAUUCACAGAGAAUUUUGACGAAGUUUAAAUGAGAGAGGACUUCUAAAAUUUCAAAACAGAGUCUACAACCGAAUCCAGAAUACCAUCUCUAUUGGAUAUUUCCUAAUAACAAUAACCUAAUCCUUUUCAUGAAUUCGAAGAUGAAGGGAAUCAGAGUAAUCUAAGUAAUCAAAAUAUCAUUAUAAAAGUGCUUAGAGAAUUGGAUGAUUUCAAAAAUGAAAUUAGUACUAUUCUUAAACAAAAGAAAAACUAACCAUUAGUCCUCUUUAAAUAUGAAUAGGCAAUAGAAAACAUAAAUUAAAUUAUUCAAUCGAUAGAAUAAGAUAAUUGUUUUAAAAAAGAAUAAUAAGAAGAAGGAACUAAUGACGAACUCAUCGAAUAAGAUAUUUGA